AUGGUACACCCAAAGCACAAGAUCCUCAUAGCCAACCGCGGCGAGAUUGCACUGCGUAUCCAGCGCUCAGCAGACAAGCUCGGUAUCCCCACUGUCGCAAUCUACACACUUGCCGAUGCGGGCACGCCGAUCGUGACUGCUGCCGGUGAGGCACACCCCAUUGGCGACGGUUCCGAUCCUAGGGGUUAUCUCGACAUGGAGGCGAUCCUCGAGAUUGCCAGCAAGACUGGAGCGACAAUGGUGGCUCCGGGCUAUGGCUUCUUGUCCGAGAAUGCUGCUUUCGCAACCAAGGUCGAGGAGGCUGGCAUGAUUUUCCUUGGUCCCACGCCGCACCAGAUCUCGUCCAUGGGUCUCAAGCACGAGGCUCGCGAGGUCGCGAAGAAGGCCAACGUACCCAUUGUACCGGGUUCGGCAGGCGUCGUGGAGAGGCUGGACGCGGCGAUCCCCAUCGCAAAGGAGAUCGGGUAUCCGGUCAUUGUCAAGGCAUCGGGUGGUGGUGGUGGCAUGGGCAUGACUGUGUGCAGGGAUGAGAACGAACUUGUGUCCAACUUUGAGGCCACCCGUGAAAAGGGCAAGGUCCUCUUCAAGGAGCCAGCGGUCUUUAUUGAAAAGUACAUUGAACGCGCACGCCACAUCGAAGUGCAAGUGUUCGGUAAUGGCAAAGGACACGUUAUCCACGCUGGCGAGCGCGAGUGCAGUGUCCAACGCCGUCACCAGAAGAUUAUCGAGGAAGCGCCUUGCGCUCUGUUUGCGUCAGCAAAGGGCCAGCAGGUGCGCAAAGCGAUCUGUGACGCUGCUGUUGCCCUGUGCAAGACCAUGAACUACCGUUCGGCAGGUACGGUAGAGUUUGUGCUCGAUGACCAGUCCCCAAACCUCGACUUUUACUUUCUCGAGCUCAACGCGAGGAUCCAAGUCGAGCACCCCGUCACUGAGCAGAUCCACCCAGGGCUCGAUCUUGUCGAGCUCAUGAUCCGUCAGGGUGUCGAGCCCAGCGGCUCGCUCCCCGAGUCUGCUCUGCAGCAAGACCCGCUGCUGACCAUUGAUGGCCACGCCAUUGAAGUUCGUGUCUACUGCGAGAACCCCAACAAUGGCUUCCAGCCGUCCCCGGGCCAACUCUUCGAGGUCUCUUGGGGAGACGUCGGGGAGCGCGGCCGUAUCGAAACCUGGGUCAAAAGUGGCACUCUUGUCACGCCUCACUAUGACCCCAUGAUUGCCAAGCUCAUUGUCUGGGCCCCUACGCGCGAUGAGUGCAUCAGCAAGGCUAUCCAGGUACUCGCCGAUACCAAGGUCAUUGGCCCUCCCAACAACAUUGACUACUGCAAGGCGAUUCUCGAGUCACCAGACUUCAUGAACUCGACCGUCACGACCACUUGGUGUUCACGUUUUGCGUACAAGCCCAAGGCCAUCGAAGUGUUGGCUCCAGGUAUCAGUACCACGGUGCAGGACCUCCCCGGCCGCCGUGUCGGCCUCGGAAUCCCACGCAGUGGCGCGGCCGACAUGCUCUCAUUCCAGGCUGCCAACCUCCUCGUUGGUAACAAGCCCAACGUCGAGGGCCUUGAGUGUACCAUGCAAGGUCCCAAGCUACUCUUCCACGUCAACUCCGUGAUCGCCGUCUGCGGUGCGGACAUGAAGACGACCGUUGAUGGAGUCGAAGUCCCCCAGUGGACUACGCUGAACGUCAAGGCGGGCCAGACCGUCCAGGUCGGCUUGGCGAGUGGCGGCGUUGGUCUCCGGUCCUACAUUGCUGUCAAGGGCGGGUUUAACAACGUUGCCGAGUUUAUGAACUCCAAAUCGACCUUUACCGGCGCGGCUCUUGGCGGAUACCAAGGCCGAACCCUUAUCGCUGGCGACCUCCUUGAAGUUCCCGCUUCCGACCCAGAGCCCACCAUUAUCACGGUUCCUGUGGCAGCUCGUACACCGCUUACCAACGACUGGGUCGUGCCAGUUACUGCCAACGCGCAGUGGGACCUCGAGUACCUCGCUCCCGAAGGAAUGAAAACGCUCCUCACUGCCAAAUGGAAGGUGUCGACAUCUUCCAACCGCUCUGGCCUUCGCCUCGAGGGCCCGCGUAUCCAGUGGUCGCGUCCUGAUGGCGGUGAUGGUGGUGCACACCCAUCCAACGUCAUUGAUCAAGGCUACGCAUUCUGCUCGCUUAACAUCAACGGCGACACACCUGUGCUCUUUGCGGCCGACUCACCCGACAUGGGAGGCUUCUCCAACGUCCUCGCUGUCGUCUCGGGCUGCGCCUGGAUGACGGGUCAGAUGCGUCCCGGCGACACCAUCACCUUCGUCCUGGUUGACGUGUCCGAAGCCGCCACCAUUGACCAGACCAACACAGAGUGGCUCGCAACAAUCACAACACCCUCGGCCCAGCCACUUAAGCUGCUUACUUCCAGCACGCGGGUAAAGGAUAUUACAAACUCGUCAGUCCUCCACCGCGUUCCUGCGACUGGCACGACCCCCGAGCGAAUCUUCCGCCAAUGUGCCGACGAAUACCUCAUCUACGAGGUUGGGCCCAUGUCCCUUGUCAUCCAAGACCGUGUCCGCGUUGAGCUCUGGGAACGGGCGAUGAAGGCCGCCAACAUUCCGGGACUGGUGUACAUGAACGCUUGCGUGCGCUCGUCUAUUGUUCACUUUAAUCCCAAGAUCAUCUCGCAGCGUACCCUCCUCGAGAGCAUGGUGGAGAUUGACGCCAAGAUUGUCGGGGGCGACGACGUCGAGCUCGACAUUACUGUGCACCGUUUCCCCGUCGUUCCGGACGACAAGUGGACACACGAAGCGAUUGAAUACUACAUGAAGACCGCACGAAAGGAGGCCGUCUACUUGCCCAGCAAUACCGAGUACAUUGCCAAGAACAACGGCAUGACCUUGAAGCAAGUGCACGACAUUUUCACUGCCACGCCGUGGCUCGUGCUUGCGCAUGGCUUCUUCGUCAUGCUGCCCUUCAUCAUCCCGCUCGAUCCGACCAAGCGUAUUCUGGGCCAAAAGUACAAUCCCUCACGCACCAAGACCCCAGAGGGAGCCAUUGGCCUCGCCGGCGUCAUUGGCGCCAUCUACCCCAUCGCCUCGGCUGGCGGAUACCAGCUCCUGGGUCGCACUUUGUCCACCUGGCAGCCCUACCCGACAGCGGGACAGGACCACUCGAUCCUGACCAACUUUGACCAACUCGAGUUUUACGUCGUCGGCGAGGACGAGUUUGUUUCCAUCGAGCGCCGGUUCAAGACUCGCAGCUGGGUUCCCGAGACGCGCAAGGCGCGGUUCAGGAUGAAAGACUACGCGGCCAUGGCGCAAGCCAAGGAGGCGGCAACGAAACAGUUCCGCGCGACACAGCUCGCCUGUUCGCAAAAAGUCGGCAAAGAGGAAGAGGCCAUGUUUGCAGCCUUUGCAGCGCAGCAGGCAGCCGACGCCGCUGCGGGCAAGCAACCCACCCACACUGGCGACUUUGCAGGAACCCCCGUGACCAGUCCCCUGUCUGCAUCCGUGUGGAAAGUCAUGGUGGCCGAGGGCGAUGUGAUUGAGAGCGACGAGCAGCAGGUGGUCGAGCUCGAGGCCAUGAAGACGAGCGUCUUCGUCGCUGCGGGAGAGGGUAUGAAGGGCAAGAAGGUUAGCGGCAUCGCCGUCGAGCAUGGGGAUGCUGUCGACCCUGGGUCAGCGCUGGUGUAUAUCGAGUAG